AGCUACCAGUUUAAAUUUAUGGGUCGCCUGGGUUCAGGGGAAUACGCUGAUGUGUGGCGAGCGCAAGAUGUGACGACCCAAAAAUUGUACGCCAUCAAGCAAACACGAGAACAGUUUACAAGCCAAUCUGACAGGUGGUUGCUUCUAGCUGAGGUAGAAAAUCUACAUGCUGUCAAAGGAAGUCCACACUGUGUUGAGCUAGUUAGUGCGUGGGAACAGGAAGGAUACUUGUUUAUACAGAUGGAAUUAUGUGAAAGUGGAAGCUUAGCAGAAUACAUUAGCCAUAAGGAUGGACAAAUAGAGGAAGAUGUUUUGUGGAAUAUUAUUUAUGAGCUGGCAAAGGGAUUAAGAGAUAUUCACAAUGCACAGGUUGCACACUUGGAUCUCAAACCAUCCAAUAUACUGCUUGAUGAAACAGGCAAUUUAAGGAUAGGUGACUUUGGGUUCUCUCUUCAAUGUUCUGGGGAACCCAGAGAUAUUCGUGGUGAGGGAGACAGACGAUAUAUGGCACCCGAUCUUUUAAAGGACCAUUUUGAUAUGCCUGCCGAUAUUUAUAGCUUUGGGUUGAUUCUGUUGGAGAUGGUAACCCGUACUGUGCUACCUGACACUGGCGAGUCUUGGGAGAUGCUCCGUCUGGGUGACUUCUCGGACUACAAAAUGACCCAUGUGUCGCAAGCACUUCAAGACUUGAUCCGGCGGCUGUUGACCCUGAAUGAAAAAGACCGGCCGACGGCUCAGGAACUCCUGGACCAUGAUGAUCUCAAA